AUGUCUUCUCCGCUCUUGAAGGCCGUCCAAGAGGUCCAGCACACUUUCCAGCGAUUGACAAAACAUGUCGCUGUGCCAGUGUCUGGGUUCGAGCCACGGCUGGUUUUCCCCGACUACAGAGUGCCGCUGUCGGACUUCCAGGGCCAUCACAGAGCAGCGUUCACCAGGAUGAAGAAACUGGCUCCGGAAAUUGACCUGGUGAUCGAGUUGCGCGACUCGCGCGCACCUCUCACAACCACAAACUACCUGCUCGAGAAAGUUCUCCGAGGAAAACCGAAAAUCGUGUUGUACACCAAGACACGGCAAUCGAUCCUGUCUCGCCAGAUCUUUGACAAAUGGAACGUCAAAAACGAAACUUGGGGGCUUUUCGAUAACAAGCGCGAAGACCAUUUGGAUAACGUGGUUAAACUCAUCAAAGCCAAAUGCAACGAGAUGGAACCGCUGCCUCCAUUGGGGAUGAAAAUUUUGGUUGCAGGAAUGCCCAACGUUGGAAAAUCGACAUUGGUGAACAGACUGCGACGGAAACUGAUCGACACCAAGAACGGGAACCUCAAAGACGUGGCCCGAGUUGAACGACGCGGAGGAACAACCCGUGCUGUUUCGGAACUGAUCAAACUAAGCAACGACCCGCUAAUAUAUAUCCACGACACGCCCGGAGUGAUGCUGCCCAGCAUGACCAACUCCAAAAGCAUGUUGAUUCACAGUCUCUUGCGGACCGUGGAUGCGCGCAUUGUCGACCCCGUCAUCUCCAUCGACUACUUCCUGUAUCUAGCCAACAUCCAGAGCCCCGACGCCUAUCUCUACAGAGACUUCUACAAUACCCCGACAAACGACGUGAACCGGCUGCUGGAGUCCGUGGCUCGGUCACGAGGCCUUUUCAAAGUGAAAACGGGGAAAAACAAGUACAAAAAGGUGAAAAAUAUGGUGCCCAACUCGACAGUCGACAUGAAAGCUGCUGCCAUUCUGUUGCAAGAGCAUAUCACCAAAUCCGAGCACGACAAGGUGUGUUUCGACAUGGACAUGAUGCGCGACCUUAGUCCUGCUCAAAUUGAGGAGAUCCUCGACGCUGAAAGAGACAGAGUCAUGGCCAUGGAGCUGGACUUGCCUGGUGACAGAGACUAG